AUGCGGUCCACCAAGGAUGGCUUAGAAAUGUUGGCCGAUGACUACCCACGGCCGCUCCGAGUCGCCGUCGUCGGUGCCGGUAUAGGUGGUUUGGCCGCCGCUAUAGGUUUACGCCGCAAUGGGCACCAUGUCGACCUUUACGAACAGUCUUGCUUUGAUGCUGAAAUCGGCGCGGCUGUUCAUCUAAUGCCUAACGGCCUAAGUAUUCUCCGGCGUUGGGGGCUUGACACGGCGGAUUUCGACACCAAUUCCAUGAGCCGCGCCAUCGAGCACGAUCAAUAUGGCCGUGUGGAAAAGGACAUUGACCUUUCCAAGGCAAAUAUGAGGUGGACGGACCCGUGGCUGCUCGCGCAGCGGGCCAAGUUCCACAAGGCUCUGAAGACAAAGGCGGUUGCGGAUGGCGCCACGCUCCAUACAUCUGCAAAGGUCGAAAGUUCCGACCUGGCGAAUGGGACCAUCAGUUUGGCAAACGGUCAAGUUAUAGCAGCCGAUGUGAUUAUUGGGGCGGACGGGGUAUACUCUAUCACGAGAGGUCUCAUCACAAACGCGAAGCCGUUCAGCUCUGGAAAGUCGGCUUUUCGUUUCAUGAUACCCAGGAGGCUUGCGAUAGCUGAUCCCACGACUCGUCCCUUGGCAGAAAUCUACGACGGCCUGCUUGCCUGGGCCGGCAAGACGCGAAGAAUCAUCAUGUAUUCCUGCAGCAACAACGAGAUGCUGAACUUUGUGUGUAUGCAUCCUGACGAAGAGUCUCGAAUGACAAAACCUGGUGGCUGGAAUUCACGGGUGACGACCGAGCAAAUCUUGAAGGUUUACGAAGACUUUCACCCCGCGGUAAGGAGCUUGCUGGCCAAGUCCGAUGAUCCCGAGAUCUCGAAGGGAGUAUGGCAAUUGUUAGACAUGGAGCAGAUACCAUGGACGAAGGGCAAACUAGCUCUGCUCGGUGAUGCUGCUCAUCCAUUUACUCCGCGUAAGUGCUACAUCUCAUCCACCAGUUUUCACUUAUCAAGACCGCUUACUCACCUGCGCUUUCAAGACCAGGGACAAGGCGCUGUGCAAGCGAUAGAGGAUGCAGCCAGCCUGUCUGUUGUUCUUCCUCGUGGGACACACCCGGAAGCGGUGCCCGAACGGCUGCGGCUGUACGAAGAAAUUCGAAGAAAACGGGCGCAUAGUAUCCAGGCAUACUCUCGCGAGGCAGGAAGAGACCUGGAGGAUGAUGAGAAACCCGAGGUGAACAACACGGACGAGUUGUUCUCCCACGAUGAGCUGGACCACUCAGCGCGCAUGUUUGCUAAGUGGAAACAAGACAAAAGCCCGGCCGACUUCCGGCUGAUGCCGGUUGGUGUUGGGCAGUUCUCGGGCCUGCGGCGGGAUACGGGUGGAACAGGCAGGGCCGCUUGCCAUUUCAAGAGAGCCGUGGUCAAGUUCAAGACCUCCAAGCCGUUUUUAGAACGACUCUUCCCGAGCCAACGAUUCAAUUUCAGGCGCGCGGAUACCCUUUGCACUGCGAGUCUGGCUAUUACGUCCUUGGAGAACGUGCCGUGGCUAGGAGGUGAAGGCUACGUGACACUGGCGCUCCAAGUCCACGGGGUACAGUACAGCAAGAAGGAUGGCGGCUUGGUCAACGGGUCCUUCAUGCCGAUACACCUCGUGUCGCGCAGCGAGGCCGCCACUGCCAGCCGCGAGGAGAUCGGUCUGCCGAGCGUGCCGUGCGACCUCGACAUGUAUCAGCUCGACGACAGUUGCCAGAUCACAGCAUCCUGGGGCGGUGCUAAGUUCGCCGACAUAUCGCUCGGCAGUCUCAGGGCCGGCGACGCCGUUACUGAGCGAGGCCCCAUCGGCACCGUGGCGGACUACGGGGUCAUGGUGUAUAGGUAUGUCCCUGCCGUCGGGCGACCCGGCGUGGCGGAUUGCGAAUACGCGUGUGUCAUCCCUCACGCAGGAGAGUCCAAGGCGGAGGCCAUCGAAUCGGUUGCGAGCUCCAGCAGUGCGAACCUGGCUUUCAAGGCUCUGGACUGGGCCCAGCUACCCACCCUGAACCAUAUCGCAUCCGCGUUGUCCGAGAUGCCCGUAUUCGACGUCGUCAGCGCCAAGGUUGUAGAGGGCACAAAUGCAUCUGAGUAUCUCUCAUGUAGGCGGAUCGACUAG